UCCUGUUGCUGCCACCGUUGACAAGAUACCAAAUUUCCGGACACAACAUUGCGAAGCGGUCGAAACUGCCUACUUUGGGUUUCUUUACAGGAGAGUGAGAGCUGGUAGCAGGUGUAUGUGCAAGGAUUUCAUCAACGUAGAGCAUCAGGAGUUUUGUCAAGGAUUUAAAAUAUUUAUAAUUCUCUUUCGUAUUGAGAAGGUCUUUGCUAGCUCUUGCAUUGUACCUGCCAACAGCAGUUAGACAGCUGGUGGGAAGGAGAGAGAAGUGGUCAUGUCUCUGAGCAGUGCAGACUCCUGGCUCGAGGGCUCUAUGGGCCUGGAGGAGGUGGUGGUGACUGCAGCUGCAGAGGCAGAGGAGCGGGAUGAGAACAUGGGCCGUACCGGCAGCAGCUGCGGAGGCUCGGUCAACCUGGACGACAGCCUGACCAGCCUGCAGUGGCUCCAGGAAUUCUCCAUCAUCAACGCCAGCGGAGGCCAGGUGGCACCCCUGUCCGCCCAGCACCACAGCCUCUAUGGACACCAGCGAUUAGUGGGAUCUGAGGCCCCCGCAUCUCCCAUGGCAGCAGAUCCGGCAUCCAUGGGCAUGCCACACACCCCGGGCAAGCCAACAGCUGCGGCCUUCUGUAGGGGCCUCCCCUCGUCCGCUUUUACCACGUACGGCCACAGCCCAGAGGAGGUAGACUACAAGACCAACCCACACAUUAAGCCACCCUAUUCUUACGCCACGCUGAUCUGCAUGGCGAUGCAGGCCAGCAAAAAGACCAAGAUCACGCUCUCCUGCAUCUACAAGUGGAUCACAGACAAUUUCUGCUACUUCCGAUAUGCUGACCCCACUUGGCAGAACUCAAUCCGGCACAACCUGUCAUUGAACAAGUGCUUCAUAAAAGUCCCAAGGCAGAAGGAUGAACCUGGAAAAGGAGGCUUCUGGAAGAUCGACCCCCAGUAUGCAGACCGACUGAUGAGCGGCGUUUACAAGAAGCAUCGGCAUCCGCCUGUGCAGAUCAACCCCGUGCUGCAGGCCAGGGUGAGAGCAGCACCCCUGGGGCUAUCGAGCCCCCUCCCUGCUGGACACAGCGAGCUGCUGGUCAGCCCAGAGUCUCAACAGCUGCUGCGGGACUUUGAAGCGGCUACGGCAGUGGACCAGAAUUGGGACCCGUCCAACAGGGAGAUUGCUACAUCCGGCAGGGGAAAGAGGUGUGGUUCCAAGAGGAAGCAAGCCCAACAGCUCAGGAUCACGGGAGUUAAAGGUCUUCGGCGCUGCAGUUCGCCCUUGCUAUCUCCUGACGAGCAGAAGGAGCUGGGAUCUCUGAAGGGGGACUUUGACUGGGAUGCCCUGCUGGACUCAGCCUUGACCGGCGACCUCAUCCUGGACAGCACCAGCCAGCUGAGCCCCAUAGAGCACGACGAGGACCUGACAAUACACGGCAUACAUAUUGGCCGUCCGGAGCAGUGGAGCCCUCUGGAGACAUCUGGUGAUGCUUCAAGCAGCCAUGUUUUAUCCGAGACGCAGGAGAGCAGCUUGGAUUUCGACGAGGGGACGUUUCUGACCACCGCUUUCCUGCAGAGUCCCUGGCCUGAACAGGAUGAUGAAGAGGGGCAGGACAAGCGGGCUGACUUUCUCUGCAAUUCAGCUGUGAACAUCGACCAGCUAUUCGACCUUGGAGACUCCCUUAAUGGUGAUCUCAGCAGUAAGAUCGAAUCCAUGCUUUGAAUAAGGUGUAUUCUCUGUUCCUGAGCUGGAAGCAGGUGAUUUAGGGAAGAAUCAACUCAUUUAAAGAGUGAGGAGACUGUUUUUACCUCUAAGGACAUUGAGCUUUCAUUCCAAACUUUGGCCUAGCAUGCAGAGGUGUGGAACCUUUUAUGAUACUGUCAUGUUCGAAAUAUUGUCAAAUGGUAGCUUUCUUUGAAUAACCCUUAAUAAGCAUUGAGCAAAUUGUAUGGAAUCUCAAAAUGCAACAUCAACACAGGCCAAAAACUGCCACAGAGAACAGCAAUGUGACCUUUUAAAAACUUUAACACUUGGUCAGACUUUGUGAAUGCUAAAAUAAGGGCUUCCACAAAAAGCAUCAAAUUCUGACUUUGGAAAAUAAUCCUAUGUUAGAAAUAUGUGCAGUAAGGUUUCAUGUUUUUUUUAACAACUAAGUCAGUUUUCUUGCAGUUCAGACACCGUUGAUUCACCUCCAAUUUCUGAUCAUGAUUCAUAGUCAUGCCUACUUGACAGCAGUCAACAAAAUCAUACAGCAUUGUGUAGAAAUUAAACACAGGCGAUAAAAAAAUGGAUGAACAUCAAUUCUGCUGUGUUUGAUCUGUCAGAUCAUUCAUUCUGGGCUUCAAUAUCCCUUAGAUAAUGGGAAGCAGAGGCCAUGUAAUGAGAAGAAACAGGACGCACUAAAAGCUAGAUCUUCAUACGUAAGUCUUAUGAAGACCUGAUUGUUAGUUGGGUAUCACUGAGCACCAGGCGUCACUCCUAACUGUCUCUCAUCUAGCGGACUGGAGCUAAUUCUGAUCCCUUAGACUGACUCAAACAGGCAACUGGGGAGAUAACAGGUUAAGUGUUUUUGUCUAUAACAAAAUAUAAAACUCUCUAAUAAAUAGAUGAGACUUAUGUGCCAAAUGAUCAUAGUUUUAAGGUGGAUUAAUCAUGAAGCUUGUUUUUGUUUGGACUUCCCUGCUUUUGAAGUAAACUGGUUCAAAUGAUCACUGUUCUUCUACUAUGCACACAAAACAGAAGAAAAUAGGAUUUUUUUAAUAUAAAUUUAUUACCAGAAAUGUUUGUACUGAUUUCUUUCUUUUUUUUUCCAAGUUCAGACCAGAUAAUCGCAUGUCAGAUAUUAAAGCAUAAAACGGCAAGGCAGCUUCUGUUGAUCACUGAGCAGUAGUUUUAUUGUAAUAAUCUCAUCUGUUUAACAUAAAAUUAAAGAUAAAUUCCUUAAUGAAGUGGUCUUAGAUAAGUGCUCACAUACAAAAUGUUACAAUUUAACUACUUUUUGGGUGCAAAGACCAAAAUUAGGACUCUAGUGAUUAAUAUAAGCUUUGCUAUUUUUUGGAGAAUUUAGAUAAAGGUAUUGGAAUAUAAUCAUUAGGUCUUUGGGAUGUUUUAUAUUUAUUGGGUAAUAUCCAUUGCUGUAGGAGAAGUGAGAACUGUUAUAUCUGGAUUAUUUUGGAGUAUAGAACAACAGGUGUGCUUAAAUUUUUGACGUGCAGAGGCUGCUGUUUCCUGUUGGCAAAGGUAGCAAAAUUUGAGAACAAGCCGCAGUCACCUCCUUAGGAGAAAUUGUUUAUUUCUCAUUUUACAUGUUAUUGCAUGACACACUAGUUGCGGUCUCUUUCAGGAACCAUCAGCAGUCACCAAGCUGAUGUUGAUUAUGAAUAAUGUUCUAGCUCCAUUUUAAAGAAAAAUAAAAAGAUGUUUUCCUUCUUAGUGACUCAGUAUGUACACACAAAGGACCAUUAUGAACAACUUGUCCCUAAAGCGCAGCCCAAACCAGACUCUGCUGUUCUAUGUCCUGUAUACAUAAUACCUGAGAGCGUGUUGUGUUUGUUUUUUUAUCUUUGUCUGUAACUUUUUGUUUUGUGACGCUGAAAUAUGCAGUUCAGGAGUGCUGGUGCAACAACCCCUGUCGUGUUUUAAUGUUUUAUUUUCAAUAAAAUUCUUUAAAUUUGC